AGUUAUCGGAUCUAAACCUCAUUUCCGCCUUUUACUUGUGCGCUGGUUAGGUUCUACAUGAAAACGUAAUGCGUCGCUCUAUCCGGGUUAGGGCGGGUUUAGACGAUCUAUAAUCGUCACUGAAGUAGCACUCUGGCGGAGACAUCCUGACUCAGUGCCGGCCCCCCUAUCAUAAUGGUAGGAACUGCGUGCAGUGUUUGCUGAAUUGACAACACAAUUUUCCAGUCUCGUAACGUGAGGGCAAUUAAUUGGACGCCAGUAUGGCGUUCAUGGAGAAACCAUCACCCGGGGAGUUACUGCUGGACGACACCGUUACAUUGACAGCAGUUAUCGAAGCAAGUCAGAAUCUAAACUCUCAUACGGAAUAUAUCAUUCGUGUGCAGAGAGGUGUCACAACAGAAAACAGUUGGCAGGUCAUUAGAAGAUACAGUGACUUCGAUAUGUUGAAUAACAGCCUAUUGAUUUCUGGCCUCAGCCUACCUCUUCCCCCAAAGAAGCUUAUUGGGAAUAUGGAUAGAGAGUUCAUAGCUGAACGUCAGAAAGGACUGCAGACCUAUCUGAACUUCAUCACACAGCACCACAUCCUGUCCAGUUGUGAGCUGGUUAAAAAGUUCCUUGACACUAAUAAUUACUCCACAAACUACACUGAAAUAGCCUUACAGCAAGUAUCCAUGUUCUUCAGGUCCGAUCCAAAGUGGGAGGUUGUGGAGCCUCUAAAGGACAUUGGCUGGCGGAUACGAAAGAAGUAUUUCCUUAUUAAAAACAAAGAUCAGCCCAAAGAGCGGCAGGUCUUAAGUUGGAUUGGAUUUGGUCCUGAUAAAUUUCUCUCUGACAAAGAUUUGCUAUCCUCUAUGAAGAUGCUGCCUUCACUGUCUUGUCCCUUCAUAUACCCUGUCACCUUCGCCACCACAAAUGAAUCUUCUGCACUGAUAAUUAGGCUGUUCAAUGAGAAAGGAACACUCAGAGACCACAUCUGUAAGGUGAAACCCAAAGAGCCCUUCCUGAAGAAAUACUGUAAUCCUAAAAAGAUACAGGGCCUGGAACUUCAGCAGAUCAGGACAUAUGGGAGGCAGAUCUUGGAGGCCCUCAAAUUUCUUCAUGAUAAAGGAUUUGCAUACGGUCACCUACAUGCCUCCAAUAUCCUAGUAGAAGAUAACACAUGCAAGCUGCUGGACAUAGAGAAUUCUCUUCUGGGUCUACCCUCCUACUACAGGCCUUAUGUAACACAAUUCAGAAAAAUCAGUACUACAGAGGCCAUUGAUGUGUACUCAUUUGGACACUUACUGUAUGAAAUGGUAUACGGAAGACCUCCAGAUACUGUGCCCUUGGAACAGCUACCUCCAGCCCCUUUCACAUCUGUGGUGCCUGUGUUGCAGUCCAUUCUGUCCACUGAGGCCUGUAAAACGGGGAUGCCCACUGUUCUACAACUUCUGCAGACACCACUAUUCAAAGAUGUGUUGCUGUUUAACUCGGAGAAGGCCCAGUUCAAGAUCACCACCAAGUUAAAGGAGGCAUUGAAAACUGCCAAAGACAGCCUGGAAAAGAGACUUCAGGAGGAACAGAAAAUUAUUCAUCAGCACAGAAGGUUGACCAGAGCACAAUCUCACCAUGGUUCAGAGGAGGAGAAGAAAAGGAGGAAAAUUCUUGCAAGAAAGAAAUCCAGACAGUCAACUUAUGAGAAUGAAGAGGACCUCUCUGUGAAGUACAGUAACAACUCUGGCUCAGGUGCCAGCUCCCCACCCACGUGCCCCUCCUCCCCUACCCCACCAUCGACAUCAGGAGCCUUUGAGGCACCCCCACCACCUCCUCCUCCUCCCCUCCCUCCUACUGUGCCGUCACCGUGUGAUUCUGGCCCCCCUCCCCUGGCUCCUUCAUCAUCAAGUGGUUUGGGCCGCACUGCCCUUCUCAGCUCUAUCCAGAGCUUCAGUAAGGGCAAGCUGAAGAAAGCAGAGACCGUCGACCGCAGUAACCCCCUCAUUUGAGGUGCAACAGAGCUCUACACUUCCCUUUGCUUUAUCUUUGUCAGGUUCAUUGUUGUCAUAUGGUCUUUCAGGGUAAAACACAUGAAGAACAGGACAUACUGCUUUGUAUUUAUGAAGAUAAAGUAAUUGGGCAAACAACACAUCUUAAUUGGUCUUCCAGUCUCUUCAGUUGUCCGGCAUUAUUAAAUGCCCUCUUUGAAAGGCUUUCAUAAUCUUGCUUUAUUGAUUGCAUAAACCAGUAUGAGCUUUUCAAUUUGCGAUUCAAUUCUAAUCUGAAUGUUUGAAAGUUUUACUCUAAAAAAGGUGCCAUGGAGGUACACAUUUGAACCACCUGAUCCUGUGUUUUUAUUAUUAUUUUCAGUUACCAUAAUUUUCAUAGCUGCAGGCCAGACUUUCAGUUCACAUCUGCUGCAUUCUUUUACUUUGCAUAAUUUUAUUGUUCCAUCUUAAUCUCAAUCACAUUUCUAUGAUUAUUUGAAUAUGCACUCAAAUGAAACAGAUGGUUUGUUUGAGUUGUGAAUUUGUGCCACUUUGUACCAUUGUGCCUAUAUGUAUAUAGUAUAAAUAUGUAAGAACUGAAGUGAAUUUUGCUUCUUUGUUCUCCAUUUUGCGCCAUGCCAAAAACAUAAGUUUAUUCACCAACCAUGUUCUGUGUCUACAUUUUGCUUCAUGCAAAAAUGUUGAUGUGCAUCGUUCAGGAAUUAGCAUGAGCGUGUUACUCAAACCUAAAUUAGACAGUAGUAGGAAUCCAAAUAAUCUGCAAAUUUGCCAUUGAAGUAAAACUCAUUCCAUUUGUAUAUGCAUUUGUAUGUAUUUAACAUAGCAGCAAAACAAGCUGAAGAGAUAAAUGCCACAAUUAUUUUUGUGUUAUAUUGAAUAUAUAAGAAGUUUUAUCUUCUCUCUAUAGCACUUUACCACAUGGUCUCUCUUAGUGGUCUUGAAAAGAGUUUACAAUGAUAUAAAAUGUAUUGUGUAAUACAGCAGAAGAAUUCUUUUAAUAUAUGGUGUUGGUUAUCUGCCUUUUGCUGAAACCUUGUACAUCUUCCACAACCACUGUUUGAAGCACUUAAGGUGCAGCCUCAAGCUGUUUUUACUUAGUAGUAGCAUAGAACAUUUUUGCUUGAGUUGUCUGAAAACAUUGUGUAGAUAUGAAUUAUUUUUGAUGGAAUGGUCAUGAAAUUUUAAAUAAAUCUGACAAAAUGA